GGGGCCGGACCGGAAGGUGUGCUUCCCUUCUCGCCGGAAGUAGGAAGUGCCCGCUUCUCGUGCUUCGCGAAGGGGAGAAGAAGGCGCCUCGUUCCCAAGCAGCUUUUCCCGAACUGUGAAUGUACCAAGGAGUGAAAUCAGCACUGGAUCCACCAUCCUUGAACUCGGAUGACCUUGACUGUCCCUGGAAACAGCUCCUGAGAUCGCGGUCGCACUCGGCAAACAAUUCCUUGGACCGGACGCAGACUCUGCAGGCGGACGCUGACCCCGAAUCGCGAGUCGAGCAUGUCGCAGGCCACCAAGCGCAAGCACGUGGUGAAGGAGGUCCUGGAGGAGUACGUGGUGCCUUCCGAGAGGCAGCAGGUCGUUCGGGUCUUGGGCACCCCCGGCAACAACCUCCAUGAGGUGGAGACCCCUGAAGGGACCCGGUUCCUUGCCAGCAUGCCCACCAAGUUCCGGAAGAACAUCUGGAUCAAGAGAGGCGACUUCCUGCUGGUGGACCCCAUUGAGGAAGGGGAGAAAGUGAAGGCGGAGAUCAGCUUCGUCCUCUACAAGGACCACGUGCGGUACCUGAAGAAGGAGGGCUAUUGGCCCGAAGCCUUUUUGGACGAUGCCGCCGGAACUCCCCGAGACGUGAAAGAGAGAGACAGGGCUGCAAGCCCACAGCGUUCGGCCGGAGAAGACGACUCCGAGGACGAUGACGCCGACCUCUUUGUGAACACCAACCGGGUCAACUACAAUUACGAAGACGAGAGCGAAGAGAGCAGCGAGGAGGAGGAAGAAGACGAGGAGGAGGAGGAAGAAGAGGAGAAUGAGAAGUAAUGGCUUUGGGAACCUUCUCCAGGCGAGUCUGGAUCCCCGGACCUUUGAAAAAUCCCUUUCCUUGCAAGGAGGGGGGAGAAAGAACUCUGCGCCUUGUUGUUUUGAACUCUUUGUUUUGUUUUGUUUUGUUUUUUGGCCUUGUUUAAUAAAUCUGUGCUCCAAACGAGAUUCUUCCUCGGCCAAAAAGGAGCAAGUUCCUCUUCA